AUGACUUGUCGCAAGGUGAAAGCCAAUCCCAAGGCGGAGUCAUCUCCCCAGAACAGCAUAAAAGGCUCACCAAAUGCAGUUCUGGAGGUUCAAAAACUUAAAGAACUUCUGGAGGCAGAGAAAGAGAAGGGGCAAUUUCGUGAUGAAACCAUCUCCCUCCUCAAAGAUGAUAAUACUUACCUGCAAGGAGAACUUAAGAAAAAGGAUGAGCUCAUCCAUCAGCUAGUCUCCAAGAAGGAUGAAGACAAUUCCACAAUCAUGUCUGGCAAGUCAGGUGUCAAACGCAAGCAUGGGAAUGGGAACGAAGCCAAGCAAUUAAUGAGCAUUGCUUCUGACAAGGAAGAUGAAGACUCCAGUUCUGUUCUUUCUGAUUCAUCUGAAGCCAGAAACACCAGGAGCAUCGUAGCACGAUACAAGAUGGCCAUGGAUGCCUUCAAUCGAGGGGGUUCGAUGAAAGCAGCAUUUGAGACCAUUGGUGCUGACAGAAACACCGUGUCCAGAACAGCACCCAUUGCUGAAAUCAGCAUUGCUGCACCGGAGAUAUUUAGAAAUGUGGGGGCCUGGGAUGAGCGGAAAGAAAAGCUGUCAACAUUCAUUGAAAGGUGCCGCAGUGCCAUGACCCCAGAGGUCAAAGAAAAGAUUUUGAAAAUGAAGCAAGAGGGCACUCUGCUUCCAAUCGCCACCCAAGUAUAA